AUGUUGUACUUGAUUGGUCUUGGCUUGUCCCACGAAACGGACAUCACUGUUCGUGGUCUUGAAACAGUCAGAAAAUGUGAGAGGGUUUAUUUGGAAGCCUACACCUCCAUCCUUAUGGCUGCUGAUAAGGAAUCUCUUGAAAAGUUCUACGGUAAGGAGGUUAUCCUAGCUGACCGUGAAUUGGUUGAGAGUGGUGCCGACCAGAUCCUUAAAGAUGCUGAUAAGGUUGACGUUGCAUUUUUGGUGGUUGGUGAUGUUUUUGGUGCUACCACUCACACAGACUUGGUGAUCAGAGCCAAUGAGCUUAACAUCCCAUUCGAGUCUAUCCAUAAUGCCUCUGUGAUGAACGCUGUGGGUGCUUGUGGUUUGCAGUUGUACCAGUUUGGCCAGACUGUGUCGUUGGUUUUCUUCACAGAGACCUGGAAGCCAGACUCGUUCUAUACCAAGAUCAUGGAAAAUAGAAAGAUCGGUCUUCAUACCUUGUUGCUCUUGGAUAUCAAGGUCAAGGAGCAGAGCAUUGAAAACAUGGCCAGAGGAAGACUCAUCUAUGAACCUCCAAGAUACAUGGACAUCCUGACGGCAGCUCAGCAGUUGUUGGAGAUUGAGGAAAUUAGAGGUGAAAAGGCUUACACUCCAGACACUCCAUGUGUGGCCGUUUCCCGUCUUGGAUCUCCAUCGCAGAAGUUCAAGGCUGCUUCUUUGAAGGAAUUGGCUGAGUACGAUGCCGGUGAGCCUUUGCAUUCGUUGGUUAUGUUGGGCAGACAAGUGCACGAGUUGGAAUUGGAGUACUUGUACCAGUUCGUUGACGACAAAGAGAAGUUCAAGGCAUUCGUGGAAGCCGAUCAGGAGUUUUUCAAGCCUCCUCCAUACGUUCCACCUGAGGAAAAUUUCAGCGAUUAA